CAGCGCCAAGUGCUGAGCGCGCCCCGCCCCUGCAGCGCCCGGAGCAUCCCCGCGGCGGCCGAGCCGGACAGGUUCCCCUUGGGUCGCCAUGCUGAUCAAGGAGUACCACAUCCUCCUGCCCAUGAGUCUGGAUGAGUACCAGGUGGCCCAGCUCUACAUGAUCCAGAAGAAGAGCCGGGAGGAGUCGAGUGGGGAGGGCAGCGGGGUGGAGAUCCUGGCCAACAGGCCCUACAGUGAUGGCCCGGGGGGCAGCGGUCAGUACACCCACAAAAUCUACCACGUGGGCUCUCACAUUCCCAGCUGGUUUCGAGCCCUGCUGCCCAAGGCGGCGCUGCAGGUGGAGGAGGAGUCCUGGAAUGCCUACCCCUAUACACGCACCAGAUACACCUGUCCCUUUGUGGAAAAGUUUUCCAUCGAGAUUGAGACUUACUACCGGCCCGAUGCUGGCCAACAGACAAACAUCUUCAACCUCGGUGCUGCAGAGAAGAGGCAGAGGAUUCUGGACACGAUUGACAUUGUGCGGGACCCCAUCUCACCCAAUGAGUACAAGGCUGAGGAGGACCCCAAGCUGUAUCGGUCGGUGAAGACAGGCCGGGGACCACUGGGUGAAGACUGGCUGGAGGUCACAGCCAAGGGAGCCCUCAUGUGUGCUUACAAACUCUGCAAAGUGGAGUUCCGUUAUUGGGGCAUGCAGUCCAAGAUAGAGCAGUUCAUCCAUGAUGUUGGACUGCGUAAGGUGAUGCUGCGGGCACACCGCCAGGCUUGGUGCUGGCAGGAUGAGUGGACGGACCUGACUAUGGAGGACAUCCGGCAGCUGGAGGAGGAGACAGCCCGUAUGCUGGCCCAGAAGAUGGCCAAGUGCAACGAGACUGAGGAGGCCCCCUCAGCUACCCCCACCACUGUAGGCCAUGUUGAGCUGGGUGGCACCAAUGGGCAGGAGGGUACUGAAGCUCAGGGGGUCUCUGACACUUCCCCAGAUGAUACCUUUGCUAAGCAGUGGUCACUGUCUUCCCGCUCCUCGCAUUCAUCCCAGCAUGGAGGGGGUGUCUCCCCCCAGAGUCUCUCAGAGUGGCGUAUGCAGAACAUCGCUCGUGACUCAGAGAACAGCUCUGAAGAAGAGUUCUUUGAUGCCCAUGAGGAUCUGUCUGACAGUGAUGAGGUCUUUGCCAAGGAGAUGACCAAGUGGAACUCCAAUGACUUCCUGGACACACUGGAGCGACCAGGAGACCUGGAUGAGGGGCUAGGUGAUGGAGCUGCUGUGGCCAAACUUGAUGGAGAAAGGCUGACUGGGGCCAGCUUCUCUGAGGGUGGCUUGGCAGAGUGUGCAGCCCAGGCCUGCUGUAUCCACGCGCUCUUCCUCAUUCUGCACAGUGGGAACAUCCUGGACCAGGGCACAGGGGAGCCAGGUUCCAAGAAGGCUGAUGUGCAGACCCUGGCCGCCACCUUUGAUGCUGUCACUCGUGUCCACUUCCCUGAGGCACUGGGCCAUGUGGCUCUGCGCCUGGUGCCCUGUCCAUCCAUCUGUGCUGCUGCCUAUGCCCUUGUCUCCAACCUCAGCCCUUACAGCCAUGAUGGGGACAGCCUGUCCAGCAGCCAGGACCACAUCCCUUUGGCUGCCCUACCACUCCUAGCUACAUCCUCGGGUGGCUACCAAUAUGCUGUGGCCACUGUCAUUGCUCGUGCCAACCAGGCCUACAAUGCCUUCCUGCGUUCUGCUGAGGGCAAUGGCUUCUGUGGCCAGGUGGUGCUGAUUGGUGACUGUGUUGGGGGCAUCUUGGGCUUUGAUGCACUCUGCCAGAGCCGAGCAGGUACCACCGGAAGUCGGGGUAGCAGCCGCCGAGGGAGCCUGAGCACAGAACCAAUCUCUCCAGAGCUGCACAGUGGGAAGGACCCACUUGUCGAGGGGGCAGAUGGAGUAGGAGGGCCAAGCAGGGGCAGCCCUGAGCCAGGGGCACUUCUGCCCCCCCGGGAAUGCAGAGAUGUGGACUCCGUGCGACAGCAACACAACUUCCUAUGCAGCCUGCAGGCCAGUGUCCCCCCAGUGGAGGGGGAGGCACAGCGAGGCAGCGUGUGCGUGGUGCUGGAUGGGGCUGAAAGUGCAAGUGCCCGCCUCGAUUUCAAGGUGUCUGGUUUCUUCCUGUUUGGCUCACCCCUGGGACUGGUCCUCGCUCUGCGCAAGACGGUCAUGCCAGCCAUGGAUGUGGCCCAGCUGCGCCCUGCCUGUGACCAGAUCUACAACCUGUUCCAUGCUGCUGACCCUUGCGCCUCACGCUUGGAGCCCCUGCUGGCGAAGGCCUUCCAUGCCAUGCCCCCCCUGAGUGUGCCCCGCUAUCAGAAGUACCCACUGGGAGAUGGAACCUCUGCACUGCUGGCUGAGGCCCUGCAGAUGCAUUCUGCCCUCUUCCUCGAUGAUGCAGAGGUGACGGUUCCCGUCACCCCCACGAGUGGCUUUGCCGGCUUCUGGAGAGGCAGUGAAGUGGGUGAGAUGCCCACACCCACCAGCACCAGUGAGGUUGUCAAGAUCCUGGAGCGGUGGUGGGGUGUGAAGCGCAUUGACUAUUUGCUGUACUGCCCUGAUGCAUUGACUGCCUUCCCCACCAUCACUCUGCCCCACCUCUUCCAUGCCAGUUACUGGGAAUCCUCUGAUGUGGUGGCCUUCAUCCUGCGACAGGUAAUAGAGAAGGAGCGCCCCCAGAUGGCAGAGUGUGAGGAGAGCUCCAUCUACAGCCCUGCUAUACCCCGAGAAAAGUGGCAGCGAAAGCGCACACAAGUGAAGAUCCGGAAUGUGACAGCCAACCACCGUGCCAGCGAUGUCGUUGUCUGUGAGGGGAGGCCCCAAGUGCUGAGUGGGCGCUUCAUGUACGGGCCCCUGGAUGUAGUGACAUUGACAGGGGAGAAGGUGGACAUCUACAUCAUGACGCAACCACUGUCAGGGAAGUGGCUGUACUAUGGCACGGAAGUGACUAGUGGAAGCGGGCGUCUGGCCUUCACCAUCCCACCCGACAAGGCCCUGGCCAUCGGCAUGUACCCUGUGCGCAUGGUGGUCAGGGGUGAUCACAGCUAUGCUGAGGCAUACCUGACCGUGGUGGCACGGGGCACAGAGGCAGUUGUAUUCAGCAUUGAUGGCUCCUUCACAGCCAGUGUUUCUAUCAUGGGCAGUGACCCCAAGGUGCGGGCGGGUGCUGUGGAUGUGGUGAGGCACUGGCAGGACUCAGGUUACAUGAUCGUCUAUGUGACAGGCAGGCCUGACAUGCAGAAGCACCGCGUGGUGGCCUGGCUGUCCCAGCACAACUUCCCCCAUGGUGUUGUCUCCUUUUGCGACGGUCUUACCCAUGACCCCCUGCGCCAGAAAGCUGCCUUCCUGCAGAGCCUACGCACUGAGGCAGAGAUCACUAUCAUGGCUGGCUAUGGCUCUGCCAAGGACAUCUCGGUCUACAGCUCCCUGGGGCUCUUGCCCUCCCAGAUCUACAUUGUGGGACGGGCUGUCAAGAAGCUGCAGAGCCAGUGUCAGUUCCUGUCCGAGGGUUAUGUGGCCCACCUGGCCCAACUGGAGGCAGCAUUGCUGGCACACUCACCCAAGGGGCCGCCACGGCCCACCCUGGGCAAAGGUACCUAUGGCUGUCCUGCACCUGUCGACUUCCUGCGCAAGCAGAGCCAGCUGUUGCGGUCACGGGGGCCCAGCCAGGCAGAGUGUGAGGGAGGCACCCCACCCCCACCCCAUGCUAAAGCCCGCAGCAUCAGCCUCAAGAUGGAGAGCGAAGAGUGAGAGCAGCCCUGCAUUGCGCCAUGCUGUGCCAUGCCGUAUUGCAGCAGGCAGUGCUCACCACGGUGGUGGCACCCCCUAGCUAAGAGCGACAUUCAGUCGCUGCUGCCUGAGCAGAAGCCCUCCAUGGGCCAGACUGCAGAAGAAGGAGAUGCAGGCGAUGGCAGCGCCAGGGGCCUGGGUUUGGUGCCAGUGUCCCAGGCAGAGAGACUUCUGUGUCUGCACCUGAGAAUUUAUCCAGCAUAACUUCCUGCCUGCUCCAGCUAACAAGCCCACCCAUAGGUCUUCCUCCCCAUCCUGGGCUGUACCCCUCAUUUCCACAGCAGCCCAGUCCAGUGUUCCUCUACCCCUCUGUGGAUACCCUUUCAGUUUUGAUGCACAGUCCUCUUCUCCCAGCACUUGAACUCGGUUAUUGUCUAAAGCAGACCAUGCUGCUCCUCUGGGGAACUAUGGCUAAGCAGGACCAUUUUCUGGAGAAUGGGAGAGUUGCUGUUGGAAGCUGGGAAACAUCCCCUCUGACUCCUCCUCAGAUGAAGACCGGAACUGGCACAUUUCCAUCAGGCUCUGCUGUUGGCAUCAAAGCAACUGGGGUGGGAUGGGGUGGGGGAGAGGCAGCUGUCCCUUCCUUUGGGGCUCAGCAUUCUCCUCAGUCCUUGCUGAGUGCCCUGUGCCUCCUUCACCCUGCACCCCCAGGGCCUGCAUGACCCUUUCCACCUGUGAACAGCCCACCCCCCCCCCCGGCCGCCAUGCUCUGUCUGACUCUAGAACCCAGGAUGAGGGGGGCUGAGGCCGUAGCGGGGAAACUGAGGCCACAUUCCCUUUGGGCAUGUUUCCCCCCCCAACUUGUAAUUUAUUUCCUUUUGGUGUCAAGAGUUAGGGGGAGGGAGGGGAGGGGCCUGGAUAAUCCGUGGAUCUUUGUUUUGUUUGUGAAAUAAAACCCUAGA